UCAACUUCAGCUUCCAACUAGAACUGUGUAAGAGAAUUUAAGUCUGAUAAGAUUUAGUGAAAUUGGGAUUUAUAAGUGCAACAUUCACAUUAGUAUCCAAUAAGUGAUAGAAAUUCGCAGAAAUCGUGGAGUUGUUUAGAAUGCAACAUCAUCCCGAUCCGUCUUAUAUGCCGGAAGUGCAAUUUCAGCCUUUAUGGGGACAGGAAGCGCCGCCUCCUCCUCCUAUUGUGCCAUAUCAGGAAUUAAUCGCUGGCUUUCCAUGUACAGAUUUAGCCCUUUGGCAACGAUCACAGGUAAGCAGUUUGGUAAGUAAUCAACGAUCUACAAACAAUCGCAGCAGUAAUUCGGAUUCGACUAACGGAAGCCUAACGAAGAAAACACGUCGACGGGUGGCAUCAAUGGCUCAACGACGGGCGGCCAAUAUUCGUGAACGCCGCAGGAUGUUCAAUCUGAAUGAAGCGUUCGAUAAAUUGCGACGGAAAGUACCAACUUUUGCUUACGAAAAGAGACUCUCCCGCAUCGAAACUCUACGCCUAGCAAUCACUUACAUUGGUUUUAUGACUGAACUCUUGACCGGCGCCCCGAUGCCGACGCACAAAUCGCGUUCUACUGAUCUGUAUGCAGGAAUGAAUGGGCAUCAUCAUUCCGGCCCGAUCGGCCAUCAUCACCUUCAUCCGGCGGCAUUUCAAAGAGAUUUCGUAUCGCCCUAUAGUCAUAGCUUAGGUUAAGUUCGAAAGUGGAAAACUGUAAUAUGCAAAUUGUAAGUGA